CAUGGACAUUAUGUCAUCGAUUGUCACGAUGGACUCGACUGUUUGAAAUUUCUUGAUAUCGCACAAGCAUGCAAUGCACGCCAUCUUUCAUGCACGAUGCUGCGUGCACAGAAGUAGUCUCUUCCAUGGAGAGGAAAUCUGGCGUGGACCGUCCUGAGACUCACGCCGAUCAAUCUCAGGAUAAACCUGGUGCACACGGCGUCCUUUCUAUCCCUUCCGAACUCAUACAUCACAUACUUAAACACCUGGGGAAUACAGACCUGGUGAACACGGCAAUCGUAUGCCCCACUUUCCGGUUCAUUUCCCAGCGCGUGAUUUACAGGAACGUCCAACCUACCGAAGACAUGAUUAUACCGUGUCUCAGAUGUUUUGCAUCGUACCCGCACCUUGCUUCUUGUGCUCGUACUCUGAUCUUGGCUGAUGCUACUCGACAUUAUGACGUAUUCUCCAAUUACUUCAACCUACUGCGCAGCGCAUUGCUAAACGCGUCUUCGCUUACGGAUCUUACAAUACUCCUCGAUGGCCCCUACGCAAGAUAUUUGCAUGGAUGUUCAUUUCGACUUCGUUCUCUCACUACAACACUCGAUUGGGACAGAGACUUCAGUCAAAUUAAUUGCAGAGCAGACGGAACUGCGCAAUGCCAUGUUUGGCGGAAAAUUCUGGUUCCGAAUCGAAAAAUCAAGGAAGUGGAACUCUGUUUGCUGCAGCACGCGCUUUUCAAAGACGACAUCCUCAAUACUGCAUCGAAUAUCCUUUCCUAUUCUACCGGCCCAUUGACCGCACUGCAGGUCAUUACCCGUCUAAGCGACACACCGAGUGCACUCGCAGCCUUGAAAGCGAUAGCAAGGAAUUUGCCCAAACUGAACUCGUUUGCCUUUUACUCAAGUGAUGGAAUAAUCUCGCAGGAACUUCUCGAGGCCUUUCCCGAAUUCCUCUCUUGUUUUGAGUGCCUCAAAUCGCUGACACUGAUGUCACGAAAUAAAGUUGAUGCACUCCAUGACAAAGCUUUCACGGCUACCCUCGCGUCAAGGUGGCACACAUCAUGUCCAUCUUUGCAAAGCGUCUCACUUGCGGGGUCUAUAUGGUUGCAUAACACUCGGCAUGGUUGGGUAACGUUGGCAGAUCUUGAGCGUCUCCUGCGAGAACGUCAGGGGCUGCUUCUUUCCCGUCAGAAGCACUGGACAGAGGCGGACCCAAAAACGAUUUCGGUGGAAGAGGUGAAGAACAACCUAGAAGAGGACAAGGAAGAUGCAGAACAGGGAAACCAGAUGGAGCAGCAGAUGAUCGUGCUUCGUGACAGUCUCCUCCAGUUUGGUGGCCCUUGAUAGGCGAGAUUUUAUAUUAGGCUACUUAUACAUUCUGACGGGGUAUACUGUGAAUGUAGAAUAAUAUCGAGUUCAAGUGAGGC